CUCCAUUCCUACUCUGUUUCUAUUGGAACUUUAUUGGAACUUUUAUUGGAAGCAAUGGAUAUCCUUCCAAUUCCAACUAAAAAAAAUGAAAAAUCUUGUGUGGCAUACUGUGAUACAAUAGAAGAUUUGUUUUAUUUACCAGAGGAAUAGGCAACAUGAAUAAUGAUCUGUUCCUCAGUAAAACAGGAAAAAAUAGCAAAAGAAAAACUUCUUGCCAAGUGUUUACUGACUUAGCAGUCUAUCAGCCUUAUCUCCCUUCCUCAGCCAUGCUUUCUGAAUCAGCAGUAGUGAAAUGAAAGCAAAUGGAAAGGGUGAUUAGGGAUUUCCGGUCCAUGACCUCGUCCUGGAGUGGGACAGUCAACACAUUUGCUCUGACAUUCUUUCUAUGAAGCAGUGCAGUGACAGCUGAAGUUGCUUUCCAGAAGUCAUCUCACCAUCUGAUAGCAUCCAAUACUUUCACUUUUCUUAGCAAAGGAGCAAAACCCCUUGAAUUUCCUAAUUUUCUGAUUUUUUCUGAAUUUUCCCAGCUGGUGGCAAUGGCAACUUAUCUUGGAGUUACCUCAGCAGUGUUUUUCAUCUGGGUUAUGGCAUUCCUGGCUCAAAAUCACUUUGUAACAGGUUCCAUUCAUUCAUCUUGCAGGAUCAUGGGUAUAGGAAUUGAUCUUCAUCACAAAGUGAAUUUUUCAGAAGCAAGUAAUGUCUGUAACCAACUCACUCUGCAGCUGGCCAGCAAAGAGCAAGUUGAAGAGGCUCUGAAGCGUGGCUUUGAAACAUGCAAUUUUGGAUGGGUGAAAGAUGGAUUUGUUGUUAUUCCUCGGAUCACAUCCAACCAGAAAUGUGGUCAGGGCAAAACUGGAAUAGUGCGAUGGAAUGCCAGCAUGAAUAAGAAAUUUAAUGUCUACUGCUUCAAUUCCUCAGAUGUCCAGAUUAAUUCAUGUGAACCAGACCCAACUACAACCACAUUUCCUUCAUCAAGUGCAUCACCAGACUUAACUGCAUAUUCAGCCUCUGAUUUGACUGAGAACAUCACAGCAGUGCCCACUGUGACUGUGACUGAGUCAGAAAAAUUCCAGAAAAACCAAUUUCGUGUCAUAUGCGUAACUGAAACGAUCUUACCAACGGAGGGGCCUACCACACUAAUGCCAGAGCAGCCCUCACCAACUGACUCUCACAAACACACUCUGGCCUUUAAGAAUGAUGCUGUUGUUUUUGGAGGUAUCCCCACUGCACUUCUUGUACUGGCAAUCAUCUUCUUCAUUAUUUCAGUUGUUCUAGCAGUCUGUUAUAUCAAAAAGUACAAGAAAACCUUACCUUUUUUAAACAAGAAUCAGCAAAAAGAAACAGUUGUAACUACUGCUCUCAAAGAAACAAAAUCAAAUGACCAAACACCUGAGCAGGAAACACAGAAUAAUGAAAAUAAGGUAGAAGAGUGUAAAACUAAGUCUGAAGCCACAGUAAAAUGUCUAGAAGCAGAAGUUUAAAGAAAUAAAUGCACAGUUCUUGAUGGAAGUACAAAAUAAAGCACACAGAACUUAGAAAUGCUUAUAAACAUUAGUGAUUGCAAAUACUCAUAUUUUCUCUAUCUUUAACAUGAAACUUUGUUUUUUAAUAAUUACAUCUUUGGCAACUAAUAUUAUUGCAGGACAACAUGGUCUCUUAUUUACUUGAAAUAAAUUUUACAAAUCCUUAUUACAGCUCAUUUUUCAUCUUCAAUAAAGAAGUAAAUAGGAAUAUGCUAUUUAUGACAUGCACUAUGUUAACUAUUGGCAUGGAAUUCAGAUCAAUACAUAAUGAAAAGGUUUUUAUAUCUGGCCGGAGGAUGUCUACUAACAUAAUGCCUGAAAUAAAAUUAUAUUUUAGUUCUUCCUCAUGUAGAUUAGCUUAUUCCCAUUAAGUAGUUGCAUGCUGUUUUUUAAGAAAUCUGUUUACAAACAGAAGCGAUUGUGCUGUUUGCAAGUGAGUAAAACCUCAGAGGAUUAAUCCACUGUCAUUCAAAUGCCCAAGAAAGGGUACAAAGAUGCUGAUGUUUAUUUUAUAUAUAUAUAUAUAUAUAUAUAUAUAUAUCAAUGAAUAAAUUCCUUAGACACUUUCAUUGUAUCAUGAUUUAAUGCUUUAUUUAUUAAACCACUAUCAUUCUUCCACAUCAGAUACUUGACAAAGGGGGAAAAAACAAACUUGAACUGUAUCUCAACACUUAUACUGAAGAUCUCUUAAGUCUGAGUGUGGCUUUCAUAAUAAAGGUCUCAGGUGGUAUGGUAUGUCUGCAGUACUUUAUAAAAUAUAAAAUAUGGUAAAUAUGUUUGAGCAAUUUACUCUCAUGAAAACUGUCUUACAGUAAAAACAACUCAUAUAAACUUCAUGUUAUAGAAGUAAUUUGUCAUUAUAGAGGAACAAUACUAGCAGUUUAUCAAAUAUUUCCUGGAAUCAAGGAGGGAAACUUAAGGAGGAAAGAUAACUUAUCUUCAACCUCUGAAGGAGGUUGUUAUGCCAAAGGAAGUUUUUUUCCUUCAUCAAGCAGCUUGAAAAAUAUAGGCCUUAAUAAUAAUAAUUUUAAAAAUAGCAAGAGAACUGCUCAACUAUAUUGUGUUUUCAACAGUGUAGGACACUGGGUUAUGAAUUUGAUAUUUUUCAUUCACAUAAAUUUUAAAAUGCCCAGUG